AUGUUGGGUGGCCUGGAGUUUGAGGCGACAAACUGUUAUCCAACACGCGAUCCGGGUCACGGCUACCCCCCUCUUGUCUUUUCCUUCGCAACCCCCUCUGAUGUAACUCUAUCACCUGGUUCAUGGUUGACUUCCAUGAAAAUGAAUGAAUCAGGUGACUUGGAUCAUUUACAGAGUAUCAAGCGCUCUGCGACACUCCCUGCGAGAUUGAUUUCACACUCCGCGCGCGCCUCCGCAGCAGCGCUUCCCGAUAAUGUAAUCUUCCACCAUCCAUCUUGUCGCAUUGUACAGUUCGCUCCUCGAUCGUUUGCGCCCAUACCGUCUGCAUCCUCCCCUUCCGACUUUGAUUAUCCAGUCGACACAGUCGAAACCCUCCCGUGGCGCAGCGCCUCUGAAAGAACACUUGCGACAGCGGCGCUGCGGAUUGAGAAGGUCCACGGCCUGACUGUGUUUUUGAAAUGUGGAAGUAUCGUGCAACCUAUUCUAAAGAACUCGCAAUGCUGGUGUGUUGAUGGAGUAUCGAAAUUUGUUUUGCGCAUUCGUCCACUUUUUUACUAUCGCAUCGAGAUCCCUUAUGAGUCCCCAGAGGAUAAGGGGCUAGUGGAGCAGCUCAAAACUGCGCUGCCGACCAUUCUUCGCUACGAAGUGACGCCAUGUCCCUUCAAAAGAGCUUUUACCGUCGAAUUACCUGAGGAGGCGAUGGCGCCCAGGCGCAAGAGGGCCUGGCGACCAAAGGACCGAAAGGAUAGCUUGACAGCGUCACUAGGGAAUCUUCAAGUUCCCCUUGCAGAUAACAAGCUUGAUACGAGUGAUUCUGCCGGCGACGAGACAGAAGGAGACCUUACAGAUGAUAGCGCAAUUACCUCCAUGAGAGCCAAUAGUGUUACAUCCGAAGCAUCGCCACCUUCAAAGAGCCCCUCCGAGCUUGAGCUAGCACCUGAAUCCACAGCCAAAGAGGAACAGGUGGCCAAAGCUUCUGUGGAGGAAGUUGCAGAAGUACCAGACCGCCGUGCUAGUCUCACCGAAACCAUGCCUACUGUUUUGGUCUCUCAUGAAGCAAACCUAAAGCCUACAGAGGCCAAAGACAUGUUCAAGUCUGUCGAUGUUGCUCUUGCGGACAUGCAUUGCAAGAAAGAAGAUGCGGCGUCUAUGAUGGCUGAAGAUGUGAAGAAUCCCUUGGAAAGUCUCAACACACAACUAUCCAAUGAAACUGAACAACCAGACAAGCCCUCGGACGAACCAGAUCAAUACCAGCGCACUGAGGCUGAGGAAACACACUUGUCUAUCGAAGCAGCAAACCAAUCUGCACUUACAGCGGUGCUAAAUGAAGAAAAAGCUGUGGAGACCGGUGUCGCAGAUCAGUCUACGCAAAGUGUAGAUAAAAGGGUUGACAGCAAUCCAGUCACGGCGAAUGAGAUUCUCACAACCACGGAGUCCUUCGGUAUUACGCGCUGUAAUGAUCCUCACAACGUGACUCCUAACCCAAGUCCCAAGAUGAAGGAAGCCGGUGUAGAGACGGCUCAACGCAAGACUCCUGCACAUACUGAUUUCAGAUCUGCAGGUGAAGCUGGGCUACUGGCUGAUCCCGGGACAGACCAGGAUGUUUCAUUCUCUUCCAGUCCUGAGUCCUUCCACUCAGCCGACUUUCUCUCUCCUUCAGAAUCAGCAUCAACUCGCUCUUCGCCCAUCGGAAAACCGGAUGUGGUGUCGGUUAACUCGGUCGCUUUUGGAAAUGACUAUGGGUUCCCAAUCGUGACCGACAAGCUAUCCAAUGUCCAUUCUUCUACGUCAGGCAAUAUCUCAAACAUUUGUCUCAAAACUGUAGCUUCGACGAGCCCUGGCCCUCCUGAUGCGUCUGCCAUGUCUCCAAGCGCUACCUCAGCGACCGAAACUAAACCAUCAUUAGCUGUCCCGUCAAGGACGCGUACCGCGUCAAGUUCUUCGUCAAGGACCACGGCUUCAGUAACAGAUUUUGACCACAUGAGCACUGAAUUUCGUCGCCGGGCUCAGGCAACAAGGCAACGAGACAUAUCUCCUAUGCCCCCUCCCUCCGCCAUUUAUCAACCAAGGCAAGGUGAUGAAGCUACAUCUCUUUUAACUAAAGCUUUAACGCUUGUUCUUGUGCCGCCUAUCUCUCUUUUUAUUGUUUUACUCCAUAUCACAGCUCGUAUCGUCAUCAGCCCAGGUGUCACGCCUCCUUCCAACGACUCCAAGACAAGUACCAAGGUACCUGGUCGACUGUCUCUUGCAGAAGACGACUUCGAUUUCCCGUUGGACCGUGAGGCCUCUGACUAUGAGGACGCAGGGCCAACCAACAAAGUAGACCCGUGGGAUCUUGACUAA